AUGCAAAGUAAAGUCACUGCUAUGAUACAAGAACAAGACAGUAAAUUAUCCAAAAUAAUCGAUGCCAUGAGCGAAAUAAAACAACAAAAUGAAGAUAUACGCCAAGCAGUGUCAUUUAUGUCCGAGAAAUACGAUAUGUUGUUAGCAAAGACUCAAACUCUUGAGGAGGAAAACAUUGCAUACCGCAAGCGCGUGCAUGAACUGAAGGAGAAAAUGGAUGGAAUGGAGCGUUCGGCGCACUCAACGCGAAUCGAGCUUCGUAAUAUACCAAAAAAAGGACAGGAGACAAAAGAUGACCUUAUAAAGAUUUUAGCGAAAGCUGAAGAUGUCUUAGGCACACCAAUAAAUCGGUCUGACGUGAAAGACAUAUUUAGAAUCAAUACAAAGAGGGAAGGAAAUAAACCCAUCAUAGCGGAUUUGACCAGUUGCAUAACGAAAGAAAAAAUUAUUACAGGCGUUAAACACCACAACAAACAAAAUAAAGAAAAUAAAUUGAACACUAAAGGCUUAUCCCUGGAUGGGCCAAUACAACCAGUAUUUAUUUCCGAAAACCUGCCACAAAAAUCCAGGCAAUUAUACGCAGCUGCGAGAGAUUUUGCUAAGAAAAACAAUUUUAAAUACUGUUGGACUUCUAUGGGAAGAAUCUACUUCGACAAGAUGACCAGGCAAAACCUUUAUUACUGA